AUGGUGUUGCUGUCAAAGGCGGAGCGAUGGGCGCUGCUUCGCAAUGCACUGAACAAGUGUGCUGCCGUGCGUGGACAGGACGGCCAAGGAGAGGCCAUCCUCACCGCUGUACAAGCGGCUGAAUCGAACGGCAACGUUCAAGUGCUUGUGGACAAGCUGGCCGAAGUCGUUGGCACGUGGCCGGACAGCACCCUGCUAUAUGUUGCCGUCGCACACGCCCUGCCGUCGCGCCUGUGCCGUGCGUUUCAGGAAGCAGUGGCCGCGCUUACGACGGGGACGGUGCCGCGAAACACUGCAGCAGCUUCUGACCACACCAGCGUGCCAGUGGACGGCGCAACGGGCGCUGUCCGUGACCACUGCACCGAGCUGGCAGGCAGCAGCGCCAUGCACGCUGCUCUUCGAGCGCGUGUGGAGGCCACCGCCAGCGUAACCGUGUUUCUGUCGUCCCCGUUCGGGGGCCUGGAGGAGGAACGAGCCUUUUUCGUCGAGCGGUACCUGCCUUCCUUGCGAACGCUGUGCGAGAACAAGGGCGUGGCCCUCUCCCUGGUUGACCUUCGGUGGGGUAUCACAGAGGAGCAGGCGGCACAAUUUGAAACGCUGCGCAUCUGCCUGCAGGAGAUUGACCGGUGUGACAUCUUCGUCGGCUGUUAUGGCGCCCGCUACGGCACACGACACAGCUCGUCAAACAGCAGUACGCAUUGGGUCGGCUGCUCCGUUGACAGGGCCAUGCCGCAGUACCCCUGGCUUGACAAACACCGCGACAAGGGCAUCACGGAGCUCGAGUUCAGACACGGCGUGCUCAACGACCCGUGUGCACGCCCAUCGCUGUUUCUCUUUCGCGAUCCGGCCUAUGAUGCAGCCAAGGCGGAGCUGUAUGCCCACGACCCAGCGCAUAAGGCGAAGUACAUCAACACGCACGAAGACAGUGCCCAGCUGCGUCGAGUCUUGGAGCAGGAGAUUCGUGAGCUUGCGUGGAAGCAGCAGCACCUCAACAUCACCGCCACUUCCUAUUCCGCCCCAGAGGAUGCCGCCAAACACAUGUUUGAUAUCCUCCAUGCAACCCUGCAACAGGUGUUGCCUCGCGAGGGUGUGGCUCAGGAUGCAGACGGGCAAGUGCAUGCGAGCUUUGCUGCUGUGCGCCGUGGCUUCUAUGUCGGCAACCGUGCCCUCGUGCGGCAAAUCAACCUGCACCUCGACCAACACUCGCCUGCGCCGCUUGUUGUUGAGGGCGAGAGCGGCAGCGGCAAGAGUGCACUGCUGGCAAAUUGGGUGCACCAGCACACGUCCCUGCAUGCACACGACCGCGUGUUCUGCCACUUCACCGGCUGCGAUUCCGCCAGCACCGCCCUUCGCAACCUGCUGUCCCGCCUUCUUGUGUUCUGUGACCCAGACAUGGCAGAGUCGCUCAGCGGCAUGACAACACAGCAGCUGUGCGAAGCGUUGCCUGCAUGCAUCGCCUCGGCUGCUGACACAGCUCGUGCGCAGCACGCAGGCGCCCGCCUUGUCAUUGUGCUGGACGCACUCAACCAGCUUGAGAAUGAGACGUUCCCCUGGCUCCCUCAGCGGCUGGUGCAUCGCCUCGACUGGCUGCCCACCACCUUUCCCGAGGGCGUUGUGCUCGUCUGCUCCACCCUGCCCGGUCUCUGCCAGGACGCCCUGCGCGCACGUGCGUACGACCGCAUCACCACCGCACCGCUCUCCCGCCACGACUGCAAGGCGUUUCUUGAACAACGGCUUCGCCUUGCCUCCAAGACGCUCAUGGCAGCACAGAUGGACGUGAUUCUGGACAGCCCGCAGUGCGGUAACCCGCUGUUUCUCACGCUGCUGAUCGAGGAGCUCAUUGCGUUUGGCGUGUUUGAAGAACUGGACUCGAAGAUUGCAGAACUUGCCGCCUGCACCAAUGUCCCAGUCCUCUUGCAAGCUGUCCUUUCUCGGUUGGAGCAGUCCUUUGGCUCUGUUGGUGGGGCACGUGUGAUUGGACAAAUCUUCCGGCUGAUUGGGGUCAGCCGCGAGGGCGUGCUUGAGCAAGAACUGCAGGCUGCAUGUGGCGUCAUGUCGACGACAUUCGCACAGGACAGCAGGGCUGAUGGUGAUGGUGAUGGUGAUGCAGCGCUGAGCAUGAGCGGAUUCAUGUGGUCGUCCCUCUAUUUCGCCAUUCGUCAUCUUCUCGUCGUCAAGAGCGGGCGAUUCACGUUUCUCCACGACUACAUUCGCCAGGCCGUGCACGAGCGCUAUUUGUCCACGGAAGAGGAAGUGCGUGGCGCCCACGCCGCCAUGGCGAAAACGCUGAGUCAGCACGCGCUGUUUCUCCACGCCCACAGGAAAACACCCAAGGGGGAUCGGGGCGGUAAUGAUGGUGGUGAUGAUAACGGCCAUGAUACUGCUGACGCGGAUGACAGCGGCGGUGAUGCUGCUGUUGCUGUUGGUGCUGACGAAGUGGCGGCGACCAUUAACGUGCGAUAUGUGGGGCAGCUGCCCUUCCAUCUUGUGCGCUGCGGACGGUUGCACGAGUGCGUGUCAUUGCUGAGCGACUUGGAGUUUGUGGAGGCCAAGUGCUCGUGUGGGCUUGUGUACGACCUGCUGGAAGACUUUACCGCGUGCGAGGCCGCCAUGUCCGCGUCCCAGCUGCGACAGCACCCGACCGGCGCCAUGUUCAAGGAACUCAAGCAGAUGCUCGCAUUCAACCUUCCCAUCCUCAGCCGUCUGCCUGGCAACUUCCUGCCUGUUGCUGUGAACCAACCCAAUGCGAGCCCCAUUCACGACCAAGCGCAGCAGCUGAUGGCACGCCGCCGUCUGCCCCACUUCAAGUGGAUCAACAAGCCGCAGUCAAAGAGCGCAUGCAUCAUGCACAUUGAAGGCCAUUCCAACCCCGUCUACUGUGCGUCCAUCAACCAGCACAGGAUUGCGUCGGGUGCACGAAAUGGAGAGCUCCGCGUGUGGGACGUCAAGACGGGAACGCUGCUCAACCUCCUUGCAGCGCACCGAGCACCGAUCAACGACGUGUGCUGGUUAGAAGACGAUGUGCUGGCAACGGCAUCGGACGAUGGGUCAAUCUGCACGUGGCGCCUCAGCACGGGCACGUGCGCGUCUGUCCAACGAGCAGAAGCAGGAGCUGUGCAGUCGCUGUUGGUGUUGAGAAAGGCCGGGCUGAUGGUGUCUGCGCACACGUACAGUGACCCUCCGCUGUCGGCACACUCCAUCGAACCACAGCCAGGCAUACUGUGUUUCUGGUCGCUUGACAACGGCACUCUGCUGCACAAGGCGCAGACCAAGGACGGGUCGCCCGUAUGCGUGUGCGCAGAUGCGAGGCAACAGUUGCUGGCGGUGGACGUGAGCGGGAGUCUCCUCGGCGGGCAGUCUGCGUAUGUGUUGUAUGAUCUUGGACACGCCGCUGCCGUCUCAGUAACAGAGCGUCAAUCGCUGCCUGCGCAGCGCACGCGCCGCGGUGCUGUCAAUUCACGCGAACGCACGCACAGAUUGCGGUCCUGUGCGUUCAGUGCUGACGGCGAACACCUCAUCACCAUUCACGGAGACGCGCUCAUCAAGUACACGCGCGCAGGCGCCGGCAGUGCAGCGGUGUUUGAGCAGACCUGCAUCACGCCCGAUGGUGUUCACCAAGGCACGGUGUACUCUGUGGCAUACGGUGAUGACACCAUUGUGUCUGGUGGCGCCGAUAAGCUCGUUGUCGUGUGGAACACGGACCUGACGCUGCGCGCGUGCCUCGUUGGUCACGCCUGGAGCGUGUUCUGCGUCACGCUCGUUCCUCCACUCUCCUCUGCGUCAUCCUUCACCUCCACCACCACCACCACCACCACUCAUUCUGCACCGUCCAACCCAGACGCGUGCAAUGGCGAUGGCGAUGGCGAUGGUGGGCGCGGGCUGAUUGUGUCGUGCGCUGGCAUCUGGGACAAGCGCUUGAUGGUGUGGGAGAUCCCUGCCAAGGCAAGCACACCAUCAUCAGCAGCUGCAAUAGUGCCAGCAACGGCAACAGCAUCAACGUCGGCGCCAGUGGUAGGAGGUGUAACGGGAGACGCAAGGCCACCGCACUUUGGUGAGAUUGUGAUGGGUGGCGUGUACACGCCUGAUCUGCAGGCGUUUGUGUCCUCUGGGCAGAAUGCGCGUGCAACGCUGCAGCUGUGGGAUGUGCGCACGACCACGCGACGGGCAAUGGUGUUCAGCCCUGACAGCGGUGACAGCGGCGUGCUGUUCCCUGGAAGCAUGGGCAGCGCACCGGCAGUGCUGCCGACGGGUGAGGUGGUGGUGGCGUCUCGCCGUGGGAAGGUUGGCGUGUUCAGGGCCAAGACCACAGCAGCUGCCUUGGAUGCUUCGGCUUCAAACACCCGAGCGAGCACCACGCACCAACACACAGAGGAGCAAACACAUGACGUGCAGCCCAAACAACAACAACAGCAGCAGCAACAACAACUGCAGAAACAACGUGAGGAAAGGGUUGCUGGCGAAGAAUGGGAGGUGGUGACCGACACGCCCGCUGCAAGUGCGUUUGGCAACAUGACAAGCAAUGGCGACAUUCUCCGCAUGCCUGGCGGCCAGCACUAUGUUGUGUGCGACGCUGCUGUGCGGGUGGUGAGCAUCAAACAGCCUGCCGAGCCGCCACAGGAGCUGCUGAACGGCACCGGCCGCAUUGCCGUCGUCUCGCCCUCGGGCAGACGUGUGGUCAUCACGGGGCAGUCGCGGGCACAGGUGUGGGCGCUGAAGCCACCGCGCCUCAUCAAGAAACUUCGCAAUCCGCACGUGCCCAACAGCCGGCUGUACGGCGCUGCCUACUCGCCCGAUGGCCGGCUGAUUGCGCUUGCUGACCACGCACGGUAUGUCACCGUGUACUGCGCGCGCACCUUCCGUGUGCUGCACGCGUUUCGCAUGUGGGACCGUGCGUACCGGUGUACGUUCACGCCCGAUGCGCGCAUGGUGCUGUGCGGCGGCGACGACAAGACGGUGGGCCUGUGGGACGCCAUCAGCGGGGUUGAGGUGGCCCGGUGCUACGUGGGCGCGGGCGUGGGCACGGUGAGCAUUGGGCCCGGUCUGCGCGUGGUGGCUGGUGAUGAUCUUGGACGCGUCAACUUCCUGGAUCUCGUCAACUGCGGCGUUGGGGUGCCGGUUGUGACGGCAACGUACGAGUGGGAUGCAGACGCCAACGCAUGGUCUGCAGAACCACUCAUCACGUGCCCGCACACUGGCAAGCGGUUCCCCCUGCCCGCCGACAACAGCAACCCAAAAUGGCUUGGCAUACAAUGGCUCGACACGAAGUGGCCCACGCCCCAUGUCUUCAGCGCACAAAACGGCGUCCGCGACAGCUGGCUCGAGUGCCACGGGUGA